UCGACAGAAAAUUAAAAACAAAAUAGGAAGAAGAAACCGGAACUUAAAAAUUGAUUCAUCUCUGUUAAACAAGUCGGUGCCUUUUCUUACAUUAUCCAUCUAUCUAUUUGUGAAAACCCUAAUGAGUUAAGACUAGUCGGGGAUGGCAGACAUACCAGGUUAUAUGAUAACCUGUCUGAAUACUGGAAAACUUGCUCUUUUGGCAAUAUUGGUAUCCGGAGGUAUCGUUUUGCAAAUACUAGCAUGUGUUUUGUACAAUAAUUGGUGGCCAAUGCUGACUGCAUUGAUGUAUGUGAUUCUCCCUAUGCCGUUGAUAUUAUUUGCUGGUUCAGAUACUUCUGUAUACUUCACUGAAUCUGAAAGCAGUUGGGUAGAUGCAACAAAGUUCCUGACUGGGGCUUCAGCAGUGGGCAGCAUCGCAAUUCCUAUUAUCUUGAAGCAUGCCGGUGUCAUAACUUGGGGUGCAUUAGCAAUGGAGCUUUCAUCUCUUUUUGUGUUUGGUAUAGCCAUAGUAUCUUUCAUUGGAAUGAGCAAUGAUGAUGGAGGGUAUAGUAUGAUCUGAUCUAAUUCAUAAUCCUUAUGAUGUUUCAAUAUCCCGAGGAAAAUCUGUUUAAUGUGGGGUUUUGAUUGAUGGUGGAAUAUAGAUUUGCUUUGUGCUUGGUCUUCUUGUAUGUGUUGCAACAAAAUUGUAAAUUUCUUGACCAUAUUUUUUGUGGUUACAGGUUAAUUCUCACAGUUACCUGGAGAUUGUUUGUGUCUUAUACAUAUUGUGAAAUUUUGUGGCUUUGGAACUUUGUUUUUACAUUUUGAAAUUUGAAUGGAAGCAUAUAUUGCUGCCCCGAUA